ACAUGAGACUAGCUAAGUUAAAUAGCACUCACUUUUUUUUCCUUUACAAUUUCUCUCAUUUUGAAACCUAAUAUUCACUUCCGACGGAGCAAGUUAUGUUUAUGUCAUGUCUCGUUAUGUCACAUUAGAACAGAAGAAAUGAUUUGACAGCUUCGGCGCUGUGUUAAAAAUGCAAAGAUAUUUAAUAAGACUGAAGAAUUAUAUAUAUACAUUAUUAUUAUUAGUUUUUUAACAGCUAAUUUAAUAGUUGAUAGCAUAUCAAAACAACACGAGUUUGAAUCACAACCUAUCAAGAAAAGUGGGUGGAAAGGAUGCGACAUCAGAGAUGUUUUCUCUGUAGAGACGAUUCAUUCACGAAUUUGUCAUCAGUGUUUCAUUGAGAAUGGCCGUCAUUAUUCCAUCAUCACGAAGAGCGUAGGUCAAUCUCGGUGAGAACCCACCUAAGAAAACACGGGGAUGAAGAAGAGAGAAAGAGGAAAGGAACAAAAAGUGGCGGCACCCGAUCGGAUGCCGGCGCAGCAUUUCGAGGGGUCGACCAACUCCUCCUCGAGGGUCGCGCGUCUCCAUUAGUCAUCGACAUUGUUUGGCUUCCUUUCUCGAAUGCUCUCGCGCCCGUCUCUCACACGCGCACGAUGCCGAAAAAGCCUCGACGAGAGAGGCCCACCACCUCGUCCAGCACUCACCUCUCGACACAGGAAGAGGAAUUCCCUGAAACACGAGAUACUUCGAGCUGCCGCUUGAAACGAUACCAAGAACGGGAACGCCCGCUCGGAAACGCAUUUCCCGCGUUUCGUAUGCAGCCGGUUUUGCCAGAAAAACUUCCGUACACACUCAAAUAUAUGAAACAUAAAAAUAUCCUACCGUCCAAAAUUAAAACAAAAGCACAAUUAAACAUGCAAGUUUUAUUUAAAAACAUAAGUGUCAUCGGAGAAUCUACGUAGAAAUGUUGUACCAUUCAAUGUGUGUCGAAAUUGCGUGUUUAACUAAUAAUGAUGAUGUCGAAUUGUUCGAAAUCGAACAUAGAAAUAGAAAUCUUCUCUUUCCUACGAAUUUUAUUUUUCGUACAACAGAUACACCCGGACAAUAUUUCAUAAAUUUACGUCUUUUUUCGAAGCAUCAAAAGUUUUGGGAGACGUCAUGUCGAAAAAAAAAAAAAAAAGAUCCCACAAUGAUCACUCGUUUGAAUAUAAAUUCGUGAGUCUGGUUUUCUCAUCAGCAGCAAGAUUCUCAUGCAACUAAUUCAAAAGUUGGAUGCUGAUGGUCGACGUAUCUAGUCGCGGCUAAAGCACAUCAAGCGCGCAUUAGACACCCACGUGCUCGUGACGACUACCCAAAUGGUCUGCUUGAACGAAUUCAUCAUCUUUCGAGAAUAAAUACACCAAUUAUGGCGCGCGUUUUGUGAAAUUAAACGUUUGUCUCUCAAUGUUUCGCAGCAUUUUCGCAUAUCUCUUUCUGAGAUCAGCGGAUUGUUUUUUUUUUGCUUGCAGGCGACGUCGUCUCUUUGAUGAUCCGUGAUAUGCGCAUUAACAAGCAAAACGACCCUGACCUUCUCUUCGCUGCUUACCGGAAGUCUAAACAUUGCGUGAGAUGUGACGCUCGUGUAAAUAUAUUAUUCUUAACGGUGAAUAUAUUAUUUUUAUCGAUAGCGGCCGUCUGUGCAAAGUGUAAGUUUGGAAUGGUGGUACCACGAUGUACAAGUGCCUGUCGGUGUAUUUUUGGCGGUCGCAUCUGGUCGAAGCCCUUGACGUGUUUUCUGCCUUUCGAAUGCAGUCGCCGUUAGUUACUCGUCGUAGCGAUGCUCGCUCAAUCGUUAGAUCCUGCACCUGUUUACCAAUAAGCAUGGAGAAUCUUCGAACGCAAGAGAUCCCGGAUUAUGUCAGUCAUCACAAGCUGCGUGUGAGAAUGGUGGUGGCGAUAUUUAUUUGCGUGACUAGUUUGAUCAUUAUUCUCUGGUUUGUAAGUUCGUUCAUGGAAAAUAAGCGAAGUGGCAGACAGGAAGAAGCGACGGGCGGAAAGUUCGACGAAAUAUCCCGUUUACAGCGACUAUCCGACAAGAUUUUGCCAUUGGAAUACACAUUGAAAAUAGUGCCGAUACUAGAAGAAGAAAAUUUCACGACAAUUGGCGACGUACAAAUUCAAUUUUACUGCAUGAUCCCGACAAAGCACGUACGUUUUCAUGCUCGCAAUCUUCUUAUAGAAGACCUCAGUGUGAAAAAAUAUUCUUCCAAUUCACUAAAAUUGAUCAAGAAGUACGUCGCUACGACCAAAGAUGACUUCAUCGAUGUAUUUCUUCUCCAAAUGUUAGUUGUUGGACAGAUUUAUGUUUUGCAUAUAAAGUAUACAACUCCGUUACAUCAGAAAGCAGAAGGAUUAUUCCGAAGCUCAUAUAUCGAUAGCGAUAGCGAAAAAACGAGAUGGAUAGCGGUGUCCAACUUUUCUCCGAACUACGCUCGAACAGCCUAUCCGUGUUUCGACGAGCCGUGGAUCAAGACGCCAUUUCGUAUUUCUAUCGGCAGAAAAUCCGACAUGCGAUCGCACUCAAAUUCGAUGUUCAGAGUCACUGAGGAAAUACACAAUAUGCCGGGAUACGUGUGGGACCAUUACGAGAAGACUGUACCAAUACCCACUUACGUAGUCGCCUUUAUGGUCACCGACUUUUCCGGCUAUGGCGUUAACGUUGACGACCGACCGUCGCAUACGAUUUUCUCUAGAAAGGAGUUUGUGAAUAACACAAAGUACAUAAGCUACCUGAUACCGAAAGUGCUUCGUUUUAUUCAAAAUUUCACAACGUUUUCUUGCAAAUUGGAUAAGGUUGAUGUAAUCGCAGUUCCCGAUCUGUCUUACAGCGCGAUGGAAAACAGCGGCCUUAUAACAUUCCGAGAAGACGCUAUCAUUAUAAAAGAAAGUAACGAUAUCACGUUACCGGAUUCUAAGAAAGUAGUGGCUAAUAUCGCAGCGCACGAGGUCGCCCAUCAAUGGUUCGGUAAUCUGGUAACGCCGAAAUGGUGGGACGACGUGUGGUUGAAAGAAGGUUUCUCCACAUUUUUCGGAUACUUAGCACUGAAUGUGAUCGAACCCGCGUCCUGGGAUCUGCAGGCGAUUUUCCUAAUGGAUUGCCACGACGUGUUUAACAGCGAUGCCGACCAAACGGCACACCCGUUGCACAUUGACCUGAGAAAGCUGAGCGGGCUCGUCGACGUCUUCGAUUUGACGUCGUACGUCAAGGGUAAUUGCAUGGCGCGCAUGAUCUAUCAUUUUCUGGGCGAGCGGAUCUUCUUCGAGUCCGUGCGCCGCUACAUACGCACGUACUACUAUCGUAGCGCCGAUCAGGAAGAUCUCUGGAGCGCUUUUCAGGCGGAGAUCGACAGGAGGACGGGAGGACUACCGGUCUCUCCGAGACUCGACAUGAGCGACGUUAUGAAAACCUGGACGUAUCAGGCCGGCUUUCCUGUCCUACACGUUCAACAGAACCGUGAAACCGGUGUGAUCGAGCUUAAGCAGGAUCGCUUUUAUUAUUACGGUCUAAAUAGUAUGAGCAAAGAGUUAUGGCACAUCCCGUUGACGUGGACAACCGAAAAUGAACAGCAAUUUAGUAAUACCCUGCCGAAGGCAUGGAUGGUCGAAAAACGCAUGAAAAUUAACGACAUCGUCCUGAACAGGGCGAAUUUUAGUAACCAGUGGAUUCUGUUUAAUAUCAAUCAAACGGCUUUGUAUCGCGUCAACUACGACGCGGAGAAUUGGAAACUGUUGACAAGGUCCUUUGAGACGCUGCCGGAAGUAGCGAAAGUACAGCUGCUGACUGACUCGUCCGCGAUGGUUGAUGCCGGACUGCUUGAUAAGAUAAUCAUGUGGCGUAUUCUUGAAAAACUGGAAGCAGAGACCGGAGAGAUGUUGUGGACACUCGCGAUACCCUUGUUGACCACCAUUCACGACCGUCUCUGGAAGUCGAGCGCAUUCGAGUUCGUGAUGUGCAAAUUCAUAGAGAAGGCGUAUAACAGAGUGGCACCUUCGCUAGUAUCCAAGGAUCCCAUACUGUGGACAGGAUUUGAGUUACGCUUAAUGAAAUCUGCAUGUUUGGCGGGGAAUCGGGCAUGUUUAUCGAUAAUCCGUAACUUUGCUCACAAGCUGCUGCGAAAUAAGACAUCGAAAUCUGUUUCAGAGGAAUUUCGCCGUUGGACGUAUUGCAUAUUCAUGAAAGUCGCCACGGACGAACAAUGGCUGGUUCUCUUUAAUAGAUACAAUGAAUCAGCGGUAAAUGAUAAGGAAAGCCUUGCUUUCGCAUUGGGAUGUCACGUUAACGCGACUUUAUUGCAAAAGUACCUGGUUAUGAUAUUUUCACAAGAGAACGUAACGUUCGCGCACAUAGAAAGAAUUCUGACAUCCGUCAUGUUGAAUCCACACGGAUACAACGUUGCAAAAGAAUUCUUAUCUCAAUAUUGGAACAAAUUUAACACAAAUGCAGAUAAUGUCCGCAGGAAUGUUACCCUGACCGACACGUUGCGUGUCUUCGUGAAACGCAUUCGUCAAGAAGAGGACGUGGAACAGCUACGACGGCUGAUAGGCAAGAGCGAGAAGUACAAUGUCGAGAUCAAACAAGUUAUUUACAGAGUUCAGGCCAAUGUCGCGUGGUACAAAAAGGACAAAAACGAGACUCAGAAGAUAGUGGAAAUGAUUUCCGCAAAACUCACCGAAACAAACAAUUGCAAAAGAUGAAAUUAGGGAGAAAAAAGGAUGUUGCAAUUGAAUAAAGAAGACUUUUACAGAAUUUUACUCUUCUCUAGUGUUUUUUAACAGAAAAAGAAAGUACUUUAA